CAUGCAAAAGAAAACAAAACAGACAAAUCGGGUGGAAAUUUUGCGGAAAGUUGUGAACUCCCACCAAAUCUAAGAAACUGGCAGACGCAAAGAGAUGUAGAGAAAGACGAAGUUUUUCAGGAAAAUCCGGCAAAAAGCAACAAUUUACCAAAAAUGUUCGUUUUCCCCAAAAAUAAAAAGUCCACUUCAUACAAAGGAAUAAAUCUUCGAAAUAUAAUCCUUUUGAUCUGUAGCAUUUCUGUCAUCAUCCUGACGCUUGUAUUUGUUGACUUCUUGCAGAAAAAAAUUCAUUUAAAAAAAAUACCGAAAGAAAUUUAUAUCGAAAAGUUAAAUAUUAAAGGAUGUAACCAUAUUGAGGUUGAAGAUGUGUGGAUAACAUCAUUACCAAAGCUGCUUACUGAAUCCGCGUUUAGAUUAUUAGAUGUUAAUCAAGAUGGAAUUCUGGACAUUGCAUUUGGUUUUGCAACAGGCGUGGAUGGAUAUUUUAUACCGAGAAUUGUUUGUGAUAUCUAUUUUAACGGUACGUAUCCUUGCUUUGGUGGCAUGAUUGCCCUUGAUGGCAGAAACGGGAAAGAAUUAUGGAGACAUUAUUCCGAUCAUGAAUUGUUUGGUAUAAACUGUAACGCCGACCUGAAUUUGGAUGGUGUGAAUGACUGUCUCGGUGGAGGAAGAUCAGGGGUUUUUGUUGCGGUGAAUGGACGAACUGGAGAUUUACUAUGGAAGUUUGAGAAUGAAAACGUGAGAAACCGAAUCAUGAAUCUGUAUACUGCUCACAUUAUUGACGAUUUAAACGGGGAUUCUGUAGUAGACAUACUGGCAAUUCACGGCGGUGAUCCUCUAAGUAAACCAGGUAGUCAACAUCGCCUAUCUGGUCGAAUAAUCUUCUUCUGUGGGAAAUCAGGAAAGGUCCUCAGCUGGUCAGGGGUGCCUGAUGAAAAAGAAUCUUACUACUCACCACAAGUCCUUACUAGAACAGACGGGACAAAACUUGUUAUGUUCGGGACAGGAGGGGAGACACAUGGAGGGGGUCUUUGGAUAAUCAAAAUUAAUGAUUUGUUCUAUCACCGGUUAGAAAAAGCAAUUUGUAUUUUCUCUGACAAUGAAAAGGGUGUGAUGACACCGCCUGUUUUACUUGACGUCAAUGGAGAUGGUGAGGAAGAAAUCAUCAUGUCUAUGUUCAAUUCCAUUGUAACAGCAUUUGAUGGAAAAACUUUCUCUCAGCUUUGGAAUUUUUCCUUUCCAUCUUCUGAAUCCUACAAUACACCAGCUCCUGGCUUUUACAACAGCGAUGAUACACCGGAUUUUUUGGUAAAAUUUGCCCAUGGACCAGGUUUUCCGGUCUAUUAUUACUCAGAGACUACAAUUCUGGAUGGUAGAAGUGGCAAAAGUCUACUUAGCUCUCCUAUCCUGGAUACGAUUGGUGCGCAAUCCUCUCCCCUGACAAUAAGCAUGGACGGUUACGGAAAUGACAUCUAUUUAUACUGGAUAUCUGAUUGUGAAAAACACGAGGGACAAGAAGAGGCAUUUGAAUUUGUAAAAGGUACAAACAUUCAUGAGCAAAGCAGGUCCGAUUUUUGUCGUCUACGUUUCAAUUCUGAAGGAUUUUCAAAACUACUGGCAAAGAAUCAACAUAUAGCGUCACAUGGAAUCCCCAUUUAUUAUUCAGGUGACAGAAAACUCAUCGAACACAGACACUGGGUAAAUACUACAAGAGAGUCCAUUCACUACAUUGAAACCCAUCCAAAUGUGUAUGAAACGUUUUUAAAAAAUACAGAAACGAAAAGAAAAAAGAACCGAACAAAACAAAAAAAGAUGACUAACUAUGCCAAAAACUAUAAAGAUUUGAAUCCGGUAGGAGAGGCCUUCAAUUCUUCAAUGGAUAACAAUUCCAUUAAAUGGAAUAAAUUUCAAAAAGAUAAAUUCUUGAAAUAUAUGCAAAAGUAUCAUGAAAGUCAAGAAAAAGAAAAUAAUGAAAAUAUUGGGACAAAUUAUGUCAUUGAUCCAUAUUCGAAGCAUACAAACAAGAAACGUCACGUAGGUCCUCAUGACAACGAUGGGAUUCAAAGAUUGCUGUCCACCGGAACUUUGGCACCUACAAUGCUCUCUCCAAGUCAUCCAAUGUACAAUCAUUCAAUCGACAUAGUCUUUGCUACGUACUGGUUUUUCCCGGCGAAGACACAAGCUAUUCUUCCAGAGGAUCAAAAGUGUAUAAUGCAAAAAAUGAAAGAGGAAAAAUCACGCUUUGAUUCGAAAGGUAAAUACUUUGGUUUGGAUCACGAUGGAUACGAGCAGGUUAUUACUAAAGAGUGUAUAAAAAAAAGUGGGCACAAUUUACCUGAUGAUGAAACAUACGAGUCCCAGUCUACCUACAAUCCGUACAAUGUACAUAUGGGCCAGAUGACUAUUUACAGAUUGAGGCUGAUAAUGAGUUGUAAGGAAUGUAACCCAACCGAAAAAUGUUCCCGUGUUCUUCCAUUUGAAAAGCAACAAUGGACGUCGUAUAUGGGGAAUGCUGGUGACAGUCACUGGAAGUCUCGGGAUGAGAAAUAAAUGUUGGUUUAACAAUCAGUGUUGUAAUGUAUAAACUUUGUUCAUAUAAAAAUCCCUAUCUAUUCUUAGGGGUCAUGACUUUAACUGUCCUUAUCUACUCUACAA